UCUUUCCUCUUCAGGUCUCCUCAUCUUUUCCAUUUCUGCCACAGGUUCGACGGUGGUUCCUUCCCAGGACGCUCUCCACUCUGUCUUUACUUCUUUUCGUCGACUUCUGAAUAGAAGAGCCACGAAUAGAGCAAGAUCUCUUCGACCCUCCAUCGAAGUUUUCUCGCGGGCUCACUCUCCGUCUCGACGCGAAUCGCAGAUACCCCGAUAGACUCGCAUCAUCGAAUAGAUCCUCAAUAGACACCGGAUCCCGAUUUAGAGCUCUUUGUCAUUUCGGUUUUCUAGCAAUAGACUCCUCAACCUCAUCGGCACAUACCUCUUCCACCUUCAAAAUACACCACGACACGAAACGAACCGUUUACGACACAUCCAUCAUAAUGCCUGCCAUCACCGAUUCCCAAGUCGCCGAGAACGCCAAGAGCGUCAAGGUUCUCGACGAGCUGAUGCAGAAGCUCACCAUCGCCAAAGAGCCCGCUGCUGUCCAGGAGGCCUCGACCUCUCUUGCUUCCUUCAUCAACGGUCGCAUUGAGGAUCUCGAUGCCCCUACCAGAACCGUCGAGGCACUGAAGAAGCAACUCGCCAACAAGAAGGACGCAAGCGUCCGCGAGAAGGCUUUCCAUGCUAUCCAGGCCAUCGCCCAGCAUUCCGAGAUUUCCGCUCAUGUCGAGCCGUACCUCGUUGCUCUCCUCCCUAAUGUCUUGGCGGGUGCCGGCGACAAGAUCACCGCUGUCAAGAAUGCCGCUAUCGCUGCGGCCCUUGCCAUCGCUGGUGCUGUCAACCCCAACGCCAUCAAGGCCACCCUCCCUGCCCUGAUCGACUCCCUCCGCAAUGCCCAGAAAUGGCCCGAGAAGAUGACUGCUCUCGACUUCCUCGAUAUCCUCGUCAGCAACUGUCCCGUCCAGACGGCCUUCCGCGUCCCCGACCUCAUCCCCGUCAUUUCCGAGGCAAUGUGGGACACCAAGAAGGAGGUCAAGGACCGCGCCUACAAGACCAUGGAGAAGCUCUGCGCCCUGAUUGUCAACAGGGAUAUCGAGCGCUUCAUUCCCGAGCUUAUCAAGUGUAUCGCCAAGCCAGAGAAUGUCCCUGAGACCGUCCAUCUGCUUGGUGCCACCACUUUCGUCACCGAGGUUCAGGAGCCCACUCUCGCCCUCAUGGUUCCCCUGCUUGACCGUGGUCUCGGCGAGCGCGAGACCGCCAUCAAGCGUAAAGCCGCUGUCAUCGUCGACAACAUGUGCAAGCUUGUCGACGACCCGAACAUCGUCGCCCCCUUCUUGCCCAAGAUGAUGCCCGGUCUCCAGAAGAACUACGACAACUUGGCUGACCCCGAGGCUCGUGAGAAGACCAAGCAGGCCCUUGAGACCCUUGCCCGCGUCGGAAACGUCGUUGACGGCAAGAUCCCCGAGGCCCGCAACGAUGGCGACAUCGCUGUUGUCCUUGGCCACCUCAAGGAUGUCCUCUCUGGCAAGCAUGCCGCUGUUGCUGAGAAGAUGGCCCCUGUCUUGGAGUACAUCUCCGCUGUUGCUGGCCAGCUCGUUGAUGAGAAGGAGACCGAGGCUUCCACCUGGGCCCAGAACGUCAAGCCCUAUGUCACUGUCGUCGUGGGUGAUGCCGACUCCCAGUCGGUCGUUGACGCCCUCCGCAGGAAGGCUUCUCCCGGCGCCGCUGAGGAAGACGCUGGUGAGGAGGAUGACGAGGAGGGCGAGGAUCUUUGCAACUGCACCUUCUCCCUUGCCUACGGUGCCAAGAUCCUGCUCAACCAGACCCACCUCCGCCUCAAGCGUGGUCAGCGCUACGGUCUCUGCGGUCCCAACGGUUCGGGCAAGUCGACCCUCAUGCGUGCCAUCAACAAUGAGCAGGUCGAAGGCUUCCCCAAGCAGAGCGAGGUCAAGACCGUGUUCGUUGAGCACGACCUCGAUGCCGCCGACACUGAGAUGACCACCAUCAGCUGGACCAUGAAGAAGCUUGCCGAUGCCGGUGUCACUACCAGCAAGGAGGAUGUCGAGGCGCGCCUCCUCGAGUUCGGCUUCACCGAGGCCAUGACCCAGGGCGAGAUCACCGCCCUCUCCGGUGGUUGGAAGAUGAAGCUGGCGCUGUGCCGUGCCGUCUUCGAGGCCCCCGAUAUCCUGCUCCUCGACGAGCCCACCAACCAUCUCGAUGUCAAGAACGUGAAGUGGCUCGAGGAGUAUCUCAUGAACUCCCCCUGCACCUCCAUCAUCGUCUCUCACGACAGCGGCUUCCUCGACAACGUCUGCCAGCACAUUGUCCACUACGAGCGCUUCAAGCUCAAGCGCUACAGGGGUAACCUCAAGGAGUUUGUGCGCAAGUGCCCGUCUGCCAAGUCCUACUACGAGCUUGGCGCCUCGGAGAUGGAGUUCAGCUUCCCCGAGCCCGGUUUCCUCGAGGGCGUGAAGACCAAGGCCAAGGCCAUCCUGAGGGCCACCCGGAUGAACUUCCAGUACCCCGGCACCCCGGCACCCCAGAUCAAGAACAUCAGCUUCCAGUGCUCUCUCGGUUCCCGUAUUGCCGUCAUCGGCCCCAACGGUGCCGGCAAGUCGACUCUCAUCAACGUCCUCACUGGCGAGUUGAUCCCCACCUCGGGUGAGAUCUACCAGCACGAGAACAUCCGUAUCGCCUACAUCAAGCAGCACGCCUUCGCACACAUCGACAACCACCUGGACAAAACUCCUUCAGAGUACAUCCAGUGGCGUUUCCAGACCGGCGAGGAUCGUGAGACCAUGGACCGUGCCAACAAGAUCAUCACCGAGGACGAUGAGAAGGCCAUGGACAAGAUCUACAAGAUCAACGACUCAGAGCGCCGCAUCAUCGGCAUCCACUCGCGGAGAAAGUUCAAGAACAGCUACGAGUACGAGUGCUCGUUUGCCCUCGGCGAGAACGUCGGCCUGAAGAAUGAGCGCUGGACUCCCAUGAUGUCGGCUGACAACGAGUGGCUGCCCCGUACCGAGGUGCUCACUUCGCAUCAGAAGCUCGUCGCCGAGGUUGACAUGAAGGAGGCUCUCGCCUCGGGUCAGUUCCGCCCUCUGGUCCGGAAGGAGAUUGAGACGCACUGCACCAACUUCGGCCUCGACGCCGAGCUGGUCUCCCACUCGCGCAUGCGUGGUCUGUCCGGUGGUCAGCGUGUCAAGGUCGUCCUCGCCGCCUGCUCGUGGCAGCGCCCUCACUUGAUCGUCCUUGACGAGCCCACCAACUACCUCGAUCGUGACUCCCUUGGUGCCCUGUCGAAGGCUCUCAAGAAGUUCGGGGGUGGUGUCAUCAUCAUCACUCACAGCGCCGAGUUCACCAAGGAUCUCACCGAGGAGGUCUGGGCCGUCAUGGACGGCCAGAUGACGCCCUCCGGCCACAACUGGGUCCAGGGCCAGGGUGCCGGUCCCCGUCUGAAGGAGGACGGUGACGACGAGGAGGACAAGUUCGAUGCCAUGGGCAACAAGAUAGUCGCGGCCAAGAAGAAGGCGAAGCUCACCAGCUCCGAGGCACGGAAGAAGAAGAAGGAGCGCAUGGCUCGCCGGAAGCGCGGCGAGGAGGUGUUCAGUGAUGAGGACGACUAAACGAUGGAUCCCUUUUUUUUUCCCCUUGUUUAAUUCCCCUUUGUCUUGCUUUGCGGUUCAUCAUGAUGAAGACAAAAAGUUGCGUUUUUCGGCUUGGGGUUUGCAUGGUUUGGCAACUGUCUUUUUCCUAUUUUACUACCUUGGGAUUUUUCCUCGAGAUGACCUUAAUAUCUCUCGAGUCUCAUGUAUCGUCGGCCUGCUCUAGGUGGAUUGCAUUUGAGUCGGAUCGCUUGCCUUAGAGGACUGGAGACCCUCGUGGCGAGUGAUCGGGAUGUCUUUUGCUGGCGAGACACGCAAGGAUACAGACUGCCAGAGGCAGGGCAAUAGAGAUCAGAUAGGAAUAAUUAUCUGCGAUAGACUUCA